AUGGCUGCAGAGAACAUCCAUGCCCUAGAGUGGUACUAUGUGAUGCGUCCGCCGCAUCUUGACGUCUUUCCGUGCCCGUCAUGCUGGGCUUUCGAUGGGUGUCCCUGUCUCGACUUGAUGCAGCCACCGCCUGGGCCAGCAUGCUGCCCGGGAGUCCUUGACAGAACUUUGGGCUCUGAUUCUGCAUUCGCGAUAUUCUCGCGUUCCCAGCUAGGUUGA